GGAUGACGUAUUUCCGCCGUCACUUCCGCCAUCUGCUGAGACCACAUGGCUAUCUGCAGAUGCCGCAUAGUUUAGCAUAUUUUACUUAGCUUGGCUGUGUUUGUAUUUUCCUUUUUAAUGAAACAGACCCUUCAAUAUGACAGAAGUUGUGCAAGAGAAAAGUCGAGGCAUAAAAUUUGCAGAGCAGCAGCUUCUGCGUCACGGCUGGAAGCAUGGUAAAGGAUUGGGCCGGGAUGAAAAUGGCAUAUCUGAAGCCAUCAAGGUCAAAGUCAAAUGUGACAAAGGAGGGGUGGGUCACCAAGAAGGGGAGCAGUUCACCUUCCACUGGUGGGAUCAUGUGUUCAACAAGGCCUCCUCCAACCUGCAAGUGGAGUCAGACCAGGAUGGUAUUAAGUUGAAGAAGAUGGUGGAGGAAGAUGAAGACGAUGGAACAAUUUCUAAUAAGAAACCGAGGAAGGCUGCACUGGCUAAAGCCAAACUGUAUGGGUCCUUUGUCAAGUCAGCCACCCUGCUGUCGGGGCAGGAGCAGCCAGAGAAAAAAGCAUCAGAUUCGGACGACAGCAGCUCAGAUGAGGAGGCUGACCGCAGACUGGACCUGUCCACCACCACCCAACUCUCUGAUGCUGAUCUCAUGAAGGCUUGUGGAGGACGCACAGCGCACAAGGGAGCACGACACGGCCUGAAAAUGAGCGCCAAGUUAGCCAGACUGGAGCAGCAGGAAGCGGAAUUCAUGGCCAAAUACGGCAAGAAGAGCCAAUCAGCAAGCGUUUCACCAGACUGUGUGGCAGCGACUCCACCAAUCACUGAGCAGGGAGGUGAGAGCCAAGAGGAGACGGGUGAGGGCAAACAGAAGAAGAAGAAGAGAUCUGCUGGGAGCGUUAAUGGGAUAAAUGAUGAUGACGGCACCGCCUGUGAAAAGGAUCAACCCAAAAAGAAGAAAAAAAAGAAAAGGAAAGACUCAGAAAAUAUAGCAGCAGACAUUUCCUCUACAGUGAUAUGUGUAGAAAAUGGUGAAACAGAAAAUUCCACCAAAACAAAAAAGAAACACAAAAAGAAGAAAAACGACGACGGCAAAGAAAAAGCAGCAGAGAUUCCAGAGGAGGUGGCUGAGGUUUCCACAGAGCCGCACGACAAAGUGAAGAAAAAGAAGAAGAAAUCUUCCAAAGACGACAGCGAUGUUGGAGCUCGGACUUCAGAGGACGAACCGGCAGCAGUCGCAGAGGAGCCGCCCACAGGAGGUCAGAAAAGAAAACAGGACAGUAUAUCAGGAGACAAUGCUGCUGACCAGGAGGCACUUCCUCCAAAGAAGAAGAAAAAGAAGAAAUCCAAACAUUAAGAUCUGGCAGAAGCAUCAGUUUUCCUUUUUAAGACAGAUGACAGAGUGUAUUUUAACUUGAUUCAGUUUCUUGAACAUGAAAUGGUCUUCACAAAAUCCCAUCAUUCAGUUAUUUGUUGAAGAGCAGUGGUGUGUGCACAGGCUUUGUUCAGGAUCUUUCUGACAGAUAAGACUGGUCAUCCUGCUAUUGUUAAGUGAUCAGAUCAGGUUUUGUGUCCUGACAUCACUAAACUACUGUAUGUAGAGGUUGCGGUGCUGGUGUUUCUGCAUAUCUGUGCCUCACUACAAAGUGCCGGGUCUCUGUUCAUUUCAGUGAGUCUGUUUACAUGCACACUAAUACUCCAAUCCAGAGGUCACGUUAACUGAAAAUAUUUCAUCAUUGAUGGAUCUUUUUUUUAAAGAUGACUGAAAAUUCUGAAGGCUGUCCGUCAUUUUGACAUUAAAAUACUGAGGAUAAUCUACCAAAGAAAGUUUUCACACAACACUGUGAACAGAACCUGCUUGCAGGAUCACUAGUCUGUCUGUCUCUUAACAAGGCAUCAAACAGUCCAUAAUAUCCUACCUGUGUAGAACCUACAGUGCCACCGUUCACAACUACACUGAAUACAACACAGGUUCUUCUUUCAAAUGACUCACUGUUAGUUCACCUGUAGUAGACCCCUGUCCAGUUGGUGGUGACUGUGCAUAUUAAUCAGUCAUUGUCAAGUCUUAUCUGGUUGUUUAGGUGACUUUGGAGGGACUGAUGCAGUGAAGGAUGAAGGACAAGUAAUACGCCAGUUCUUAUGGCAUUUAGCGUGUUAUACGUACGCAUUUUCUACCUUUCGUGUGUUAUUCAACGCCAUUUGAUGGUGUGUCAAUUUACACUAAGAUCUCUGGUUCACAUAACCAUAACCCUCGGUUCGUACAGCAGCGUGAACAUACACACGGAAAGCUUAUAAUGUAUACAGAUAACACACCAAUUCAAAGUGGUGUAUUUAUGUGUCAUGGUAUCACUAGUUUAUCAGCCAGCAGCAACUCCAGUUGCUGCAUCAUUGAGAUGUUUUUGAACAUUAAAUACAACUAAAUAUGCCUCAUUAUCGUCAACAAAUUCAAUCUGAAAUGACGGAUAUGUGUUAUGGUGGAAUUUUUACAACCCUGUCCGUCAAAAUGACGGACAAUAAAAAUGUCUUGUGCAAUCUUUGCUCCAAUCAUUAUCCAGUUUCUGGAGUUAUCAGAUUAUUCAAGGGGUCAUGUAAACAGGAUAAUCUGAUUUGUUUUUAUCAUAUAGCAGCAGUAAUCUGAUUGAGAAAUCAGAUUAACACCUGAAUUUCUCCUCAAUAUUCCGAUGUCUUCAUACAUGUGUGCAGGUGAAUCAGAUGUAUUUCGCUCUUUUACAUCUGUGCAUGUGUAUAAUAAUUAAAAUCAUUGAAAACAGAAAUUACGUAGUCAAACAUGAGCAGAAGACAAUAACAGGAAGUUUGAUUUUAUCUUCACUCUGUACGAACACACUAGAAAAGAAAUCCAAUAAUGGACUGGAGCAUCUAAACCAGGGUUUUUGAUUAUCGCUUUUCUUAAGUGCAUGUAAACAUGUCAGAUCUGAUUAUUAUAAUUAUCUAUUUACUCCCAGUUAUCUGAUUUUUAUGGUCAUGUAAACAGGUUCAGUGUUUGUCCACAGUCGUGUGUUGUCCUCUAUGAUGUUCUGCUACAAACAGUUUGGACGUCACACUCAGGUCUAGAUGUCAACCAGGACACAAUAUGGAUUUUCCAAAAACAGGUUGGAGCUGUCUUUGACUGGAUGUAAUGAAAUGUGUUGACUUGUUCAGGUCUCGGUGCUGUCACUUCAUGCCUUUACUUGAGUUUCUACAGGACUUUACAAAAAUGGUGUGUAUUGAACUGCAGAUGAAUUGGAACAUCCUGUGACCAGCAUGAACAAGAGUCGUUUAUAGAGCAGAUCCUGUUCAGAUUAUUAACGAUGUUGCCAAUUAUUUAUCGCACAUUUGUAAAUCAUGGUCUCACAAGAUUAGAAUGGAACUAUUCUGACUCUGUGGCCUUCGUAUUUUAAUUAAAUAUGAUCCAUCAUGCGGCA